AUGUGUACACCUAGAGAAACUGCACAAAUUCUCAUGUAUGCUAAUCGAUAUCAACAAAUAAAAAAACUUGGUCAAGGCAGUUUUGGUACGGCUUAUUUAGUUCAUGAUACAAAAUCUAAACAUGAAAAAAAAGUUAUAAAAGCAAUAUUUAUCGGUGAUGUUUCUCCAAAUGAAUCUUUAGAUGCUGAACAUGAAGCAUCAAUUUUAGCACGUCUUCGUCAUCCAAAUAUAGUUCGAUUUUAUGAUAGUUUCAUAGAUCAAUCCUAUUUUUGUAUUGUAACAGAAUAUUGUGAAGAUGGUGAUCUUGAUCAACUUUUAAAAUCUUUACGUAAACAACGUAGUCGUUUACAAAUGGAUCAAGUUAUUGAUUUAUUUAUUCAAUUAUUAUCAGCUAUAAAUUUUCUUCAUUCAAAAAAAAUUCUUCAUCGUGAUAUUAAAACUAGUAAUAUUUUUUUAAAACGAAAUUAUAUUAAACUUGGAGAUUUUGGAAUAUCACGUUUAAUGAUAAACACAUUGGAUAAAGCAUCAACUUUUAUUGGUACACCAUAUUAUAUGAGUCCAGAAUCAUUAAGAUAUGAUGGAUAUAGUAUGACAUCGGAUAUCUGGUCAUUAGGUUGUGUUCUUUAUGAAUUAAGUGUUUGUAAACGUGCUUUUGAACGAUCGAAUAUUAUACAAACAAUGGAUGCGAUACUUCGAGAAUCUCCACCUGCAUUACCAGAAAGAUUUCCAGUAAAAAUACAACAACUUUAUUUACAAAUGCUUUCAAAAGAGCCAGAAAAACGAUUGAAAGCAUCAGAAUUAUUAGAUGAAUUUAGUAAAAUUGAAAUAAAAGCAAAUAACACAAAAAAACUAGCUACUCAAUCAUCGACUCCUGAUCCUGAAUCGAAAUCGUCACAUCGAGAUCUUCAUCGUUCAUACAGUAAUAGUCCAACAAUAAAUAACCGUAUUCAUAAUUCAUUACAAGUCCCAUCAUCAUCAGUUCAUUCAGCAUCAUCAACGGAUUCUAUUGAUUGUUUUGAAAAUAAUCCUGCAGAUAAUAUUCCGGUUUUAGAUAAUAAUAUAGAUCCUUUUAGUUCGACAGCAAAACAAAUCAAAACUGAUUAUUAUCGAAGUAAAGCACAAGAAUUAAUUGGUUCAGAAAAUUUUUCUCGUAUUUAUAAUUAUUUACAUGAACAACAUAAAGAACAAUCGGAAGAUCCAACACGAACAGAUAAUAUUAUUUUAUCUGGCCUUCAAGCAUUAAGUACAAAUUCACAUGCAUGUACAUUAAUAAAUGAACUUGUACUUCAUGAAUGUUUAAAUGAACUAAAUGAACGAACAGAAACAUCCUGA